AUGAUCUUUAACAAUAUAAUGGACGAUGUCAUUAAAAUUGUUGAAGAUACUCAUUCAGAAAAGUCUCUUCCAAAUACUUCGUUCUGUGGGCCUUCAAGUUCACGAAGUGAAACAUGUAAGAUUACUUCUACAAUAACAUCGUCACAUACAGCUGAAACAGUACACGGACUUUCUGGACAAGUUCCUUAUGUUCCGACAACUGAUCAACAAAUUCCUUAUGUGCCAAGUCAAAUAUCAUAUAUUCCGACAAGUACCCAACAGCAGGAUUCUACUCAAUUUUCAUCUGCAACUAGGGUUGGUAAAGCUAACAAAGUAAUCGCUUUUACAAGCAAAACAUUUAACGGUUGUGUCAAAAUGAUACGCUAUCGUAAAUUGAAAGGCUUGAAACAUGGCGACAUAAAUCUAAUGCCUAAGUCCAGAGAAAAUUUGGGAUAUCAUAUUGAAUGCUAUCGAAAAUUGAUGAUUCUGAAGAAGAAACUGAAAGAAGAAUUUGAUAAUUUUUCAAUCAAAAUAUACAAUUUGAAAUGUGCUCUUCUUCUGCAUCUAUGUCAGAUCAGGACAAAAAGAAGAAACUCCUGUACAGAUAUCAAAGCAUCAAUGAUGGAAACUUCAAGCGUUGAUAUUGAUCUUUCAAUGGUUGAAGAGACUCAACUAAGUACUUCUAGUGUUUUGCCGGAAACUAGCCACAUGGAGAUAGAGCAAUCAGAGCAUCUGCGCUACGAAGAAAAAUAUAAAAAAUGUUUAGAUACGCACCAAGUAUCAGAAAGCGAUUGGCAUAAAAUGCGGAAAGUUCAUGCUGAAGCAUUUGAAGCACUUUCUGUGUACUUGGAGGAUCAAAUCAUUAAAAAAGAAAAUGUAUUUUACCUCACUGAUUUAUUAUGGCGCUACAAAUCUCUGUUGAUAGAAUUUAGUGCUAAUAGCUCAUCUAAUUCUGAUUUCGAGAAUUACACACCUCAACAUUUACAAAACAAAAUUCUAACUGUAUACGAAAAAUCAAAAUUACAAGAUGUAGCUUACCAUAUUCGAAAUUCAGUUCUGAAUAUAAAGAAAAAAAAACUUCCGGAACAGUUAAAACCCAAUCACAUUCUGACGGAGAGUGAGAUUCCUGCCAGUUUAUAUGAAUUCAUUUCUUGUCUUGUGAAAGGACCUGAUGUUCGGAGACAAUCUUCAGAUGAUGAUGAUGUUAAAAUAGAAUCACUGUGUCAUGAUAUUAUUUAUAUUAUCUCAAAAGGUAGAAUCAAACCAGUGAAGCACCUCAUGUUAGGUUUAUCUAUGAAAUCGUUAACAAGUAGCAGAAAAGUUGUAACGAUUUUAAAUAAGUAUGGUCAUUCUGUCGCAUAUACUACUACUGCUGAAGAAUUAGAAACUGAGAUGACGUACACAGCGUGUGAAACUAAUAAUUUACUACCAGCCGGUAUAAAAGUUCAAAAAGGGUUAAACACAAAUGUUGCGUUUGAUAAUUACGAUCGAUACGUUGAAACUUUGAGCGGUAAAGACACUCUGCAUGAUACUGUUGGCAUUAUAUAUCAAUUUUCUACAAAUGACAUUCCAACAGAUGUAACCGUAGCAGAUAAUCCUUCUACUUCUCUUGACGACAGCAAUAUUUCAACACCUCGGAAAAGAAGACGGUUUGAACAAAUUCCUUAUGAAGUACAAUCAUAUCAUAGAAAAGCCGCUGCUAAAGCAUUAUUAUCGCCUUUGACUGUUAUCAAAGAAGUUUUAAAUGAAAGUGUGAAUGCUAAAGAAAAUGCAAUUGUCAGAGAUCUUAUUUGGGCCAUAUCAUUGAAUCAAGUUCCUGGAACACCUAUGUGGAUCGGUUUUAAUAUUAAAACUACUAUUGACAACAGCGAAGUCCAAAUUGUCGACUACUUGCCACAAAUAAAUUCGUCACCAACAUCAUAUAGUGUUGUCAUUGAAACGAUGAGGAAUGCCAAGAAAAUAGCAAACAAGUGUGAUCAAUCUCAUAUUAUUUUAACGUACGACCUGGCCAUUGCGAAAAUGGCCAUGCAAAUUCUGAUGACGGAGCGUCCACUAUUUGACGAUGUCUUCAUAAAUAUGGGAGCUUUCCACAUUCAAAUGGCAUUUUUUUAA